AUGACCACGGACAUCCAGAAUCUCAAGUCCUUCGAUCCGUUCGCGGAGGUCGACGAUGCUGGAGGCGAAGUAAAGUCUACUCAGCAGAACUACAUCCAUAUCCGUAUUCAGCAACGCAAUGGUCGUAAGACUCUAACUACGGUCCAAGGCCUACCCAAGAAGUUUGAUCAGAAGAAGAUUCUUAAGGUCAUCAAGAAGAAGUUUGCUUGCAAUGGCACCGUCGUCGCAGACAGUGAGAUGGGAGAGGUGAUUCAGUUGCAGGGUGAUCAACGCAAAGAUGUUAUGGACUUCUUGACCGACAAGAAGGAGGGCCUCGGCCUUGAUGGCAAGACCAUCAAGGUUCACGGCUUCUAA